AUGUCCGACCCCAAAGCCGAUCAACGAGGCCCUGUCGCCGAUGCCUUCACUCUUCUACGUCCCGAGCCCUUCAGCUUCAUCAAGCAGGUCGAAGCAGCUGUUGCCAUCAAUCCUGUGGGCUUCCCGAGCAUCCCUGACCUUCCAAGCAUCGUCUGGAAAAGCCGACGCUUCGUCCUCGAGUCACAUCUUGACCGGAAGCGCUCCAAGGGUCGCCGCAGCUGGAUCACAGCCCACGGGGACUUCCUUGCAGAGCUAGGACCCGGUGACGGCGUAAAGGGCGUUGUAUGGUCCUGUAGGAUCUGCGGCCAACGUAACAGGCCACAGUUCUUCGUUGCACAGUCGACAUCCUCAUCU